CUUCUGUCAGUGUCAGUCUGGUUUUUGGUUACUUUCGGUUUGGUUGUUUCGUCUUCAUCAAAUUUAUUUUACAAUCGUUACUUUUUUCUCGUUUAGUAACUUACACAGUUUGUGUCCUCGCUGUGAAUAUCCUGUAAUUAAAUAUUGAUUGUGCCGAUAAACCGAUCUAAGGUGUUUAUGUUUAAUGAAUAACAAAUACAAUAUAAAGUUUUUGAAAAUCAAACUCAAUACAAAACAAAGUGAAACAUUCUUUGAUAAAGUGGUUCUUAUAAAAAGUGCUUCAAGUUAGUGAAAGUUUAAAUUAGUUUUAAGUUGCAUGAACUAUACACAAUAUUUGCCUUCAUUUAGUCACUUCAAUAAAAGCUAGGAGGUGACAAUGUCCACGGAUGAAGAUGGAGAUAAAUUGAAGUUAUUUUGGGAUCUUUUUUUUAAAGCUGAAACUGGAACAUAUGAGAAAUCUACAUGGCUGGAUCUAUUUCUCGCAGAAUUCCUGAUAAGACUUAAUGAAGGGGGUGAUCCUAAAGAACUUAUUAAAUUCUGCCCUAUUAGCGGUGUGGUGACCCUAGUGGGGUGCGAGCUGCUAUGCGGCAUCCACCGCGUGACGUCAGCCAUCAACGCUCACUACACGUUGCCCGUGCCAUGUCUCGAGAACCCCUGCACUAGCCUCGAGGAUGCCCCGCCCGAGAAGCCUCAGGAAGACCAGGAGAAGGCAGACCCUGCUCCAGGAACGGGCCUGUUUAGCCGCGCCAAUGCCCAGUCUUCCACGGAGAUACUAAGGAACUACCUGCUAAGUGGAGUUGCCUGGAGAUGCCUAAUUUUACUCAAAGCCCUUGGUGUGGAGGGUUUGUCCUGCUGCCGCCAGCUGAGCUCCGUGCUGAUAUGGGUGUGCGGCGAGCUGGGCGCGGGCGCGGCGGGUGGCGCGGGGGGCGCGGGCGGGGCGCGCAACCCCCACGUGCCGGUCUCGCGCGCCCACGACCAGAUCUACCAGCUGUUGGAGAACAGGAUAUGGAGCAAACAGAAGCUUGGCAGCAGUCAGCCGAAGCUCAGCUCGUCUGCUACAAAGGAAUCAGCAUCUGGAAGGGGUCGCCGCGUGAGCCAGGCGCGCGGCGCGGACGUGGUGGACGGGCCGGCGCGCCGCGGCGCCUCGCCCGACCCCUCCAGCGACUCCGGCUCCGACGCCGACCUGCAGCUGCUCAACCGCUCGCUCACCAUGAAGCUCGGCCCCCCCGACCGCGACUUCGACUACUUCACCUCCCCCGCGCGCGACCCGCCGCCCGCGCCCUCCCCCUCGCUCUACGGCGACCCCUUCCACUCCCCGCGCAAGACCAAGCCCAAGGCCGUCGACUACAUGACCGACCGCCACAAGGACAUCAUCAACUCGCAGAUCUCCCUGUAUGAGUUCACGAUCCUGGUGGCGGCGCUGCUGCAGGAGCUGUGCCGCGCCGACAGCAGCCUGGCCGGCGCCGAGGGCUCGCAGAUCUCCGUGCAGUGCAUCAACUACUCGCUGCGGAACCUCUGCUCGCUGCAGUUCGGCGCCGUGCACAAGUACGACGCCAAGGAAGUCUCCCGGAUCAAGGUGGCCCUCACGGAACUGCUCAUAGUAUCGCUUGAUAAAGUUCUCGUUAGAUCAGAUCUUUGCUCGAAGCUCAUCACAAAUGGAAUAUUGCCGAUGAUACUGAGAAUAUUAGAGGAUGUCAUAUGCAAAUCUAACUCGAAAUAUCACAAAACUGACGAAAAACAGCAGAACGGUGACGCAGAACCGAUGGACGACGACGAGUCGGAGAACCAGCUGAAGUUCGUGUUCGGUAUCUCGUACUCGAUCGUGGCGUUCUUCUACUGCCUGCUGCUGCAGUGCCGCUCCGUGGAGCAGCUGCGGCAGUUCACGGAGCAGUUCCGGCUGUACGGGGAGUGCCUGAAGGGCGCGCUGCUGCAGCAGGUGGUGGCGCUCCUGGCGCGGCUGCCGGGCGCCGCCGCCGCCGCCGCGCCGCCGCUCAUCAAGAAGCUGGUGGAGGCGCUCGGCAAGCUCAUCUGCGAGAUGAAGCGCGUGCGCGGCGAGGUGCUGCACUCGGCGGCGUGCGCGCGCGCCAGGCACAAGGCGUGCCGCGCGCGCGUAGCGGCCGGCCUGCACCACCACCACGACGUGCUGGGCGAGGCGGGCGCGCCGCCCGUGCGCCCCGCCGGCUGCUGCUGCGUGGCGCUGCUGUACGGCACGCUGCUGGCGCUGGCCGGCGACGAGGCGGUGGCGGGCAGCGCGGCGCUGCGCCGCAAGCUGCUGCGCGUGCUGCUGGCCAGCGGCGCGUGCUGCUGUGUGUCGGCCGGCCACCUCAUGGAGAGCAUGGUGCGGCUGAUGCUGACGCACGGCGGCGCGGCCCCGCUGGCGCUGCAGGUGCUGGAGCGCACGGUGUACGGCGAGCUCGGGGCCAGCGUGCUGCGGGCGCGCGCGCGGGACCAGCUGCCGUGCGCUGUGUGCCAGCCCUGCGACGAGCGCCGAGCGGACUUCGGCAAGACCAAGUUCUACACGUACGGCGCGGGCGCGGUGGAGCGCAAGUCGCUGUGGUCGUUCCUCGUGCACUACAACUCGCUGCUGCAGCUGGACAACCCGGGCGGCGUGCUGGCGGCCGCGCUGGCGCACCUGCUGCGCGCCACGCCGCGCUGCCGCCGCGAGGUGCAGCACGACCUGCUGUUCAGCGUGCUGUACCCCAGCUUCAUCGUGGCCAAGCACCGCUACCUCAUCCGCGCCGAGGAGAGCGCCUACUUCCUCACCGUGUCCUGCCUCGACAUCUUCGCCAGCCUGCUCAACACGGUCUCGUUCGCGGAGCAGUUCAUCCAGAAGGGCGGGCUCAGCUACGUGCUGGAGCUGGUCGCGCUGCCCGAGUUCUCCAAGCAGUGCUGCUCGAUACUGGAGAUAGCGAUCAUCGUCGAGAUAUUCAAGAUGAUGAAGGACAACGCGACGGAGAUGAGCUACUACCGCGACAUCAACUCCUUAGUCUCUGUGCAGAUGUUGCUCAAAUCGCUGGACGACGCGACGGACAAGUGCUACAAGAUUUACAAAAUUAAGCUGCCCUCCGACAAGUUCGAGGAGCUGACUGACGUGAGCAAAGAGCUCGAGGCUUUCGGAACGGAGAUAGAGAGGCGGGACUCCGCCGUGCUAGCCACAAGAAAGUCCUCUACAGCUGUCCCUAUAAAGACCAGUUUCGCGUACAGCGAGAACGAGACAGAAGACGGUGUUGAAGACUACAUCGAAGUGCUCCGCUCGGUGUGUACAUUCUGGCGCUGCGCGGCGGGGCUGUGCCUGUGCGCGCCGCUGCUGCGCCGGCGGCUGGCGGGGGGCGGCGCGCUGCGCGACAGCUACGCGCUGCUGCGGCUGCUGCUGCACGCGCUGCACGACGCCGGGGAACACGAGACCCGGCAGCUGGUGAAGAUCAUUGAAGCGCUUCUUACUGUGCAGUUUGCACUAUCAGACGAGACAUCAGGUCGCUCCAAAGCGCUAUCCUGCUCCAUAGUGGGCGGGUGGCGCGGCGGCGGGGCGGGGCGGCGCGCGCUGUGCGAGGCGCUGCUGCGGGUCGCCGCCGCCGCGCCCUCCGCCCGCCUCGCCAUGCCGCCCAGGGACCCGCCCAAGGUGACGCUAUCCUGCUCCAUAGUGGGCGGGUGGCGCGGCGGCGGGGCGGGGCGGCGCGCGCUGUGCGAGGCGCUGCUGCGGGUCGCCGCCGCCGCGCCCUCGUCCCGCCUCGCCAUGCCACCCAGGGACCCGCCCAAGUUGCCGCCGCUAGCUUGCGUCCCCGGCAGCGAGUCGUCCCUGGAGCGGUGGUCGAGUGACGAGAGCAUCGCGCCGCCCUACGCCAGCGACCACAGCGAGCCCGCCCGCCCUGACGCCGGCUACGAGGCUGACGUGGAGAUCGGCAAGUUCGACCAGCCCACUACACACAAGGUUCUCAAACCUUCUAACAAUACAACUUGCAGCGGACACGUUAUUGGACUGGAACCGGAGCCGGCGGAGGCGGACGUGCAGUGUCCGGUGUACGCCCGCAGCGGCGCGCUGGCGCACCCCGAGCUGUGCCUCAUCGUCGUCGACAUGCUCACUGAGCUGAUACACAAAGUGAUGUCAGGCGACAGCAGUUGUCUCACUCUGGCGAAGGCGUGCUGCGCGCGUCUGUCGCAGUCACUCGCGCGCGCGCCGCCCCCCAAGACCCCGCUGCGUCUGUUGAAGGCAUUACUAUCUGGCGCUGGAGCAGACCUGCUCAGCACUAGUGACCCUAAACUUGAAGAGCUACAACGCAGCGUGCUCGAGCUAAUAGAAGUGGUAGCAGCUUCAGGCAUCGAGCCGAGCGAGCUAGCUCUAUACCUGAAGCUGCUGCAGCGCGGGGCGGCGCCGCUGGGCGCGCUGCUGGCGACGCUACAGCGGCUAGCCGCGGCCGCCGCGCCGCACACUCCGCCGUGUCUGCUGGCGUUCCCUUCACCGCCUACUGACGAGUACCAGCCACCGCCGGCCCCAGAGCCCGGACAAAGCAACUCGCAGAGUCACCAAGCAGAGACCUUCGCGAGGCAUCUCUUCGACCAACAUACGAAAGCUGGUAUAAAAUCGUCGUGGUCAUCCGCGGCUGCUAGAUGCGGCAUCGAGGGCGCGGGCUGGGGCCCGUGGCUGCAGGGGUUCGCCGCCGUCGCCUGGCUGCAGGCCGCCUCACCCGCCCCCACCACUACUCACGCUGACACAUCAGAAGACAGUGAGGCGCCGCCCGCCCCCGCGCCGCGCCGCCCCGCGCAGCCCGCAGACUUGGCGCAUCUCUUCUCUAUAGGACACGACUCGCUCAUGUUCGAAGUGUGGAUGGAUCCUACUACUGGCAUCCUAACGUUCCGCCUGAGCCGUCCCGAAGCCAGCAGUUACAAGGUGCUCAGCGAGACGAGUGUGGAAGCCAUACCGCUACAGCAGUGGUGCUGUCUCGGACUCAAUGUCAAGGAACUUGUUCACAAGAGGAAGAUUCACAUACAGGUCACAGUGUUUGUGAAUGGAUGCGAAAUCGAAACAGUAUCGUUGCCGCUGCAAGGAAUCCUGGUCCGCAAGAUAAUGCCGACAAUGGUUCUCAUCGGGCAGUACGGGGGCGGCGCGCCGUGGUACCUGAGCGACGUGAGCGUGUAUAGAGCGCCCUGCCUGUGCCGCGGGGGGGCGCUGCGCCGCGCCGCGCUCGGCCCGCUCGCGCCCACCUCGCUCGACGCACCGGUGGAAAAGCAGUUUCCAAACUACGCCCUCGUCACUACGCCAGAGCUAUUGGAUAGAAAUGUUGACUGGGAUCAGGUAUUCGACAUGACGCCGAGCAAAGCGAAGGAGUUGGAAGACAACAUACUGCUGACGUUCUCGGCGAGCUCGCCCGCCACCAUGAAUCUGUACCACCAGACCGUCGCGCUGCCCACUGUAUUCGCGGGUCGCGUCGGCUCAACAGCGAGCCUGCUAGCGUCAUCAGCGGCCGGCAUCGCCGUCUCAUCCGGGCCUUCCUCAUCCAUCCCUGAGGCUCUCAACGUGACGUGGACCGGCGCCCCGCUGCCGAGCCAGCACAGGGGCGUCCCACCUGCAGUUUAUAUGCUGGGGGGAGUGGAUGUGCUGCUGUUUAUGUUUGCUAGGGUAGUAGAACUAGACAGCACCGACGAGGAGCAAGCGACGGCUCUCUCCAUCCUGCUACAACUCUGCCUGGUGGACCAGCAGCUGUACUGCUCGCUCUACUGUGACGAGAAGCUGGCCAUGCUGAACACCGUGCUCGCUUCUAACCGGUGCAAGUUUACGCAUCACAUGCUGAAGAGUUUCCUAGACGCGGCCUGCAACGUGCCAAUACUCACGAUAUCCGGCUCGCGUAUCGUAGUUCGUUCACGUACGGACGUGUGCGUGCGAGAACCCUGCGCCAUCAUUCUAUGUGUGCGAGCCGCUAAGGAUAUGGAUCAAGAGGAAUACCGCUGGGAAGAAGACGGCCGGCUGGCCCGCGGCUCGCUCUGGGCGCUGCUGCUGAGCUGCGUGUGCGCGCUGCUGGACGAGGGCGCGCCGCACCGCCAGCACAACCGCGCCCGGCUCGAGCGCGCCGAGCUCAUGCGGCAUCUGUUACUGGCUUGCAAGGGCGGGUGGCAGGCGCGCGGCUCGCUCUGGGCGCUGCUGCUGAGCUGCGUGUGCGCGCUGCUGGACGAGGGCGCGCCGCACCGCCAGCACAACCGCGCCCGGCUCGAGGGCGCCGAGCUCAUGCGGCAUCUGUUACUGGCUUGCAAGGGCGGGUGGCAGGCGCGCGGCUCGCUCUGGGCGCUGCUGCUGAGCUGCGUGUGCGCGCUGCUGGACGAGGGCGCGCCGCACCGCCAGCACAACCGCGCCCGGCUCGAGCGCGCCGAGCUCAUGCGGCAUCUGUUACUGGCUUGCAAGGAGCGCUUCCUGAACUCCGGUCUGGGCCCACUGGACCGCGAGUGCAGCGCCGCGCUGCUGCGAGCGCUGCGCCACCUGCCGAGCUCGCCGCCGCAGCCGCCGCACCUCGCGCUGCUCACCGACGUGCUGCUGCUGCUGCACCAGGCAAGCGACACAUUCGUUACCCACUCCCGAGCAAACUUCUACUUUCUGCUCACCUCAGAAACACAAGACACGAGCGAAAAUACAUUCCUGAACUUCAUGAGCAGAAGAAAGUCCUCAAGAAGAGGCAAGAGAAAGUCUGGCUCCACCUCAAACACAUCCAGGACUAGAUCAACCAACUCUAGCAUAAACUCAGAAGACAUAUUGUUGAAUGAAAAUAACGUCAAUGUUCUGAGAGAGAUGGCACAAAACCGCGAAGCUCAUGACAAUGAAAGUAUAAAAGAAGAUCAGAUAAGUGUGGACUCAACGAAACAGCUGAAAGGGUUCAUCAACUUGCAAAUUAAAGAGAGACGAAAACAUAACAUUUCUUCAACAUCUGUAUCUGAAAACUCCGACGUAACUCCAGAGGAAUGCAUGGCCGCGGUGGCUGGGGCUACGUCACAGGAAGCAGACGGCGUGACGUCACAGGUACCUGAAGGCGUGACGUCACAAGGGCCCGAAUCCGUGACGUCACAGCAAGCUGAAGGCGUGACGUCACCCGCUGACGGUGGCACGUCUGAAGACCUGAUGACGUCACAAGCCGUGGACGGCGCGCUCAGCGAUUACGUUGUUAUAGAUGUCGAUGACGUCACGCACACCACCGUCGAGAUGUACACCAGCGGGAUCUUUGAGCAGCGACGUGUGCGGGCCGGCGCAGAGGGCGGCUGGGCAGUCUGCGAGGGAAUACUGAACCUGCUUCACGACGCCAUCACUGUCAUGCCUGAAAGCGACCUUAAUGUGGCAGCAGCAGGGCCUCUCAAACCGGAGCGUCUAGUAGUGCUGGGCCACCACCGCAACGGCGGCGUGAGGGCAGCACUAGUGCGGGUGUUGGGCGCCUUGCAGCGACGCGCGCCGCGCCGCCCGCCGCCCCUGCUCAAUGUGCACCUGGCUGAUCAGAUAGCAUUAUACCCUGGCACGUGGGACCUGGCGACCGCCUGCGCCGGCCUGCUCACCAAGUGCGACGUGCCUCUCGAAGAUCAGCUUGAUGAUGACAUCUGGCUAGACCUGGGCGAGGAGGCGGCGUGCAGCGCGGCGCCGCUGCUGGCCGUGCUGCCGCGCUGUCUGGACGACGUGCCGCUCGCGCACAACAUCACGCUGCUCGUGCGGAGACUCAUCGACAAGGUGUCGCUGAAAGCUCUCAGUGAGGUAGCAGUGGUUGAGGUGGUGGUCCGCUCCAUAAGGGCCGUCGGUGCUAUGCCCGACCAGGACUUCGAAGGCCGGGAGUUGCUGCUAGAAGAUCUCUACGAGCUACUCAACAAAAUUGCUUUGAAGGCUUUAGCUACACAGCAUAAUAUGCAGAUAGUGACAGAGAUCCACCACAUGCUGACCUACAUCGAGGCCAGCGCUUGCUCCCCGGACCCUGAAGACCCUGAAGUGGAGACUCCGUCCAGCCAGCAGGCGGGGCAGUGGGCGGCGGCGCGCGCGGCCCAGUGCCGGCUGUGUGUCGCACAGAUUACGUAUUUAGAUAAUGAGCUGAGCGCUUCGGGGAGCGCUCGGCAGACGAAUUAUUUUACUAGUGUGCUAUCAUCAGCAGUCUCACUCGCAACAGACGGCGUGCCCCGCACAGAGCUUCAAGCGAGGCGCCGCGCGGCCGUCACCAAGGCCGUCUCGCUGCUCGUGUCGCGCCCCACUCACCUGGAUCUCACCUCGGCCGAGAGGGCGCUGUUUGAGCUCACGUUUAAUAUGUUGCUUACUGCAAUAAGCGAGAGCGUGAGUGCGCGCGGCAAGUGGUGGGGCGGCGGGUCGGGCGCGGCCGAGUGGACGCCCGACCUGCACGACCUGUGCUUCUGGGCCUUCGGGGGCACCAAAGCCACCCGUCCGUUAGAACCGUACGUACUGAGGACGCUGUAUCAAGCGAACGAACAGACGCAACUUGCCGCCACGCCCACCGACCCCGCCGCACAGCGGAAGCUAGCGGUAUACCUCCUGCGAGUCCUCCAACGCAUCCACCUGAGCAACAGCGCGAUGCCGGCGCCGCUGCUGCCGCUGGCCAUCACGGACUGGGCGCGCGGCUGGGCGCUGGCCACGCAGGCCGCGCUGCCCGACCGCCUGCUCGCAGGUCUCGCCGACAGUACGACACCACGUCUUCAUCUCAUACACGCUUGUAGAUACGCUGUUUGUUGUACAGUGCAGCUGAGCAACAGCGCGCUGCCGGCGCCGCUGCUGCCGCUGGCCAUCACGGACUGGGCGCGCGGCUGGGCGCUGGCCACGCAGGCCGCGCUGCCCGACCGCCUGCUCGCAGGUCUCGCCGACAACGUUGUUCGCGAAGAAGCGGUGCGACUGUCGCGCGCCGACCGGCAACGAUGGACGAAGGCCGCUAGACCUAACAGGGAUAGUGUUGCUAAAGUCGUAUUCCGUCACGAAGCGCUCGCGACUAAAACCACCGAGAGCGCGAUGCUGAUAACCCGCAGUGUGGUGGACGAACAGAACGCGGAGAGAAAAGCAUUUAUGGAGCAUUUGAGACGUGCGCAGGCGCGGACCGUGGCCGCCGCCGAGGCCUGGCAGCGGCUGCUGGCUGACUAUACGCAUGAGCUAGCAUUGUGGCACGACCCCGCGUCGUACCCGCGCUCGUGGGCGCUGGACAGCACGGAGGGCGCGGGGCGCGUGCGCGUGCGCCUGCGCCGCGCCCACUGCGCGCUGCCGCCGCGCUUCCUGCAGCCCGACAUGCGACACAAGGCUGACACGCUCCGCCAGUGGGCGCCUCUACAACGAGUGGUCGGCGCGAUGCGGGCCCUACAGCGGGGGCUCGUGGCUAGACUACAACUGCACGAGACCGUGACGCUGAUGGCACGAGUGCGCUACGUGCGCGCCUCGCGGGACCAGCCUGGGGAGCUGCUGCUGUCUGACAGGUCGAUACAUUUCGUACCCGAGGACAGUGAAGACGAGUUGGAAGUGGAUGAAGAAGGCCCCAAGAAGAGAGAGAAAUACAUCAGCGACGCGCCAGAACAACUCAGCUGGACCUUGGAACAGGUGCGAGGCGUGGCGACCCGACGUUGGUGCCUGCGCGAGGUGGCGGUGGAGAUAUUCCUGUACACGGGCCACGCGCACCUCAUCGCCUUCGACGACCCCGCCGACCGCGCCGCCUUCCUGCGAGCACUGCCCAGGUUGUACUGUGUGUCAUGUACAUAUGUAAUACAUAGCACACGCUGGUGCCUGCGCGAGGUACAGGUGGAGAUAUUCCUGUACACGGGCCACGCGCACCUCAUCGCCUUCGACGACCCCGCCGACCGCGCCGCCUUCCUGCGAGCACUGCCCAGAUCCGAACCAGACAACCUGCAAGAGUCAAUGAACCUAUGGAGGCAGGGUCUAAUCACCAACUGGGAAUACCUGAUGCGUCUCAACGGCUUAGCCGGACGCUCAUACAACGACCUGAUGCAGUACCCGAUAUUCCCCUUCGUCAUAGCGGAUUACACGUCCAGGAUAUUGGACCUCAAUGACCCGAAGAGCUUCAGGGACUUCAGUAAACCCAUGGCGGUGCAGAAUAAGAAGCGCGAGCAGCAUUAUAUUAAUACGUAUAAUGACCUGUCAGUGGCCCGGCGCGAGGGCUGCAGGAGCGCCCUCUCGCGGCGCCCUCACCACUACGCCUCGCUCUACUCCAACUCGGGCGCCGUGCUGCACUACCUGGUGCGCGUGCCGCCCUUCACCGAGCUCUUCCUCAACUACCAGGACAACAACUUCGACAUGCCGGACCGCACGUUCCACUCGCUGCAGACGACGUGGCGUCUCAUCACGCAGGACUCGCCCACCGACGUCAAGGAGCUCAUACCGGAGCUGUUCUUCUUGCCUGAGCUGUUCAAGAAUACCGAAGGCUUGAAUCUCGGCGUGCGUCAGUGCGGCGCGGCGGUGGACGACGUGGAGCUGCCCCCCUGGGCGGCCGGCGACCCGCGUCUCUUCACGCUCAUACACAGACAGGCCCUAGAGAGUCCCAUAGUGACGGAGCAGCUGCCGCACUGGAUCGACCUGGUGUUCGGAUACAAGCAGACCGGCCAGGCCGCCAUCGACGCUAUCAACGUGUUCCCGGCUUGUACGUACUACGGCUUCGACCCGUCCGUCCUAGAAGACUCUCUAGAGCGCACGGCGGCGGAGGCGAUGGUGCGCACGUACGGGCAGGCGCCGCGCCAGCUGCUGCGCGCGCCGCACGCCAGGCCGCAGCCGGACCUGCACCCCGCGCCCCCCGCGGAGGAAGUCUGGUCGGGCGUGAGCGGCGCCCGCUGGGGUGCCUACGUGGGCGCCCCCCCCUCCCCGCCCCCGCGCGCCACCCGCCGCUCGCUGCCCGACGCGCGCAGCCUGCAGCCGCUGCCCGCGCCCCGCGCCGCUGCGGCUGCGCCUAGGCACGCGUGUCUUGUUGCUACACCUGGUCGGAAUAGUGAGGGUAGCUCGCUGCCCGACGCCCGCAGCCUGCAGCCGCUGCCCGCGCCGCGCGCCCCCGCCGCCGCGCCUAGGCACGCGUGUCUUGUUGCUACACCUGGCACAAACUCGACCUCGAACCAGCAAUCAGGUCUCGGCUGCAUGUCGGCGGCGCUGCUGUCGUGGGGCCACGCGGACCGCACGCUGCGGCUGAAGCGACGGGACGCGCGCCCCGAGCCCGUGCUCACCGUGCCGCCGCACCGACACAUAACAUCCGUAGCGACAUGCCUGAGCGGCGCGUGCCCGGUACUCGUAGGCGACUCGAGCGGCCGACUCAUGGCUCUCCUAGACCUGGGCACCGUGGCCACUCGGGCCCAGCUGUUGCACGCACACACCGACGCGAUAGUGGACAUCAAUGUGUGUGUGAGGGGCGGGCUGGUGGCCACGGCCAGUGUGGAUGGACUGGUGGUGCUGUGGGAUCUUAAUAAACUAACCUACAUCCGAACUCUACCGAACCGUGACAUGGUACCCGUAACGCACGUCACCAUAAGCGAUACUUUAUGCGACGUCGCCACGGUCCACGACUUGUCGGCGCCGCGGGCUGCCGUAUCGACCGAGAAAACAGACAAGUCCGAUGUGGACGACAGCGACAGUUAUGAAAAGGACAACUGCAACUUUAGCUCGUUGAUACGGGUGCACACUUGCAAUGCUACGUUUGUUGGUAGCGUGAAAGUUGUUGAGAAAGUCACUGCUGUCUGCUACUCCAAUGCUCCUGAAGGUGUAAGUGUGAACAGUAUAGCGGCUGGUUUGUCGACGGGCGGAGUGCGACUGUACUCGUCGUGGGAUCUUCGGCCAGUGUCGUACAUACCGCCAGUCACGGCGGGCUUAGCACUUAUAAGCAUAUGCUACUCAUGCGACGGCGACGUCCUAUUCGGCAUCACGGAGGGCGGCGGCGGCGUGGCGUGGGACGCCGGGCGCGGGCGGACGCCCCUGCGCCUGCUGCCCGCCCACGCGUUGCUCUGACGACGGCGCCUGCGCUGCCGCUGCUGCCUGCGCCCCGGCUGACCGGGCUGAUGAGGGCUCGAUAGUCGUGCCGCUGAAUUCCUGUGUAUCUAAGGGCUAGAACAUAAUACUGCGGUAUACACUGAUGAGGACUCGAUAGUCGUGCCGUUCAAUUAUAAUGGCCACGCGCCAUUUUCAGACUAACUUAUAUCCGAACUCUCCGUGAAAUGGUACCCGGAACGCACGCCACCAUAAGCGAUACUUUAUGCGGCGUCGCCACGGUCCAUGGCAUAGAUUCUGUGUAUCUAAGGGCUUGAACAUAAUACGGCGGUAUAUAGCCAUAUCUGUGCUAUCGCAUGUCUUCCAUCGGAGAGCGCGGAUUUUGUGUGUGAGUUCGCAUUUUGUGUGCGUGCCCUUAACGCGCCACCAGGAUGGUCACUCUCUCUAGCAUGAACGAAGAGAUUGUAAGAGUGAGGUAAGAGCUGCAUACCAUAUGCUCCCCCUCCUGACAUGGCGACAGCUGAAAAGAAUCAUGUGAUUAAUCCUUCCGAAACCCUUGAUUAGUCUAUAAUACGGAAAUCAGGUCAAUGAUGUUGAUUCUGAAGGCAGAAAUUCUAAUUUUAACGCUGUCAAACAAAAAAAAUUGCUAGCAUAAAAUGACAUUUACGGAAACAAUCAUAGAGUCGAAUUUUAAACAAAGAAAUUAAGGUUUUGACAUCGCUAAAUUUAAAAUUUCUGCCUUUAGAAUCGAUAUCAUUAUAGAGACAUUUUAAGGACACUACUAUGAAACUAAAGCAAUAAUACCAAUUCUGAACAAACCUAUUUUUAUUAAGAGCUACAAAAUUCAAAUAUUCAUUGGAAACUGGUAAUUACAGGAACUUGGUAACGGCCAUUUUAGUAUAAAGUUUUAAGUUUUAACAGCACUAAAUAUAUAUUUUAUGUUUUCAUCGUAAAAAAUCGGUCAGAAUGUCUACUUAUAUUUAUAUUUACCUACUACAUAUGUGUACUUAUAAUGUGAUAUAUGUAAAUAGAAUAUUAUUUAGGGUAAGUUUUUGUAAGACUGAAUUACCACUGAGAAAUUGACAUUCCGUUUUGUAUUAUAAAAAUGCUCAAAUCAACUAUUACCCAUGAAUUUUAGAUGUGAUUUCCGUGCCAAUAUGUUUUUAUGUGGAGCUAGAUGAUAUCAAUAGAUCUUUUAUACGAAUUUUCCUAUUUUUGUUUAUGUGUUAGAGAUAUAUUUAAAAAGUUUAACUUCAGCAUUGUAUCAUCCUAUAUUUAGUAACAAUCAUGACAUAUUUUAUGAUACCUGUCUUUUCCUCCUCUAUUUUCUAACUGUUAAAUGGUAUACUUUCGAUUUAUAUUGUUUCAGUAAGUACAACGUUAUUAUCGUCGAAAGAUCUUUUUGAUAACUUUUGUUGUCAACUACCUAGUCCCGUUAGAAAUAGGGUGAAAUUGGUCUUGAAAAUUGGUUGGCUUGAAUAUUUGUUACUUUAUCAUUAUGAAAGAAUAAAAGUAUAUUUUUAUGAUGAUGA